GCCGCGACUGACAGAAGGCGCCCGGGCACGGGAGCUCGCGCUGGGGCUGGAGCCGCCGCCCGCGCCGCCGCCUCCCCGCGCGCUCCCCUCCCUCCCCCGCCCCCUCCCUCCCUUCCCUCCAGCCGCGGCGCCAUCCGGUGUUAUGAGGCGGCCCUGAGGGGCGGCGGCGGCGGGGAGCGCAGCCCGGCAGGAGCCCGGCGCGGCCCGGCAGGGCGACGGGGUCUCGCUUCGCUUCACCGGCCAAACCCAUGACUACGGCAAACUGCGGCGCCACCGACGAGUUCGACUUCAGGCUGAUCUUCGGGGAGGACGGGCAGCCUGGCCCCGGGCCGCCGCUGGGGCCUGCAGAUCUUGAGUCAGAUGACUGUGCGUCCAUAUACAUCUUUAAUGUAGACCAACCAUCAUCCUCUGUAAAUCAGCCAAUUUGUAUUCCUCGCCAUGGAUUGCAGUCUCACUCCUCUCCUCUGUCACCACCUACAAGAGUUCAGAGUCACAAGAACUAUGAAGGAACUUGCGAGGUACCAGAAUCCAAAUAUAGUCCACUAGGUGGACCCAAACCCUUUGAGUGCCCUAGUAUUCAAAUUACAUCUAUUUCACCUAACUGUCAUCAAGGGAUUGAAGCCAAUGAAGAUGAAUUGCACACAAAUGGCACAGAAAAUGAAUAUAUGGAAAGGCCUUCACGGGACCAUCUCUAUCUUCCUCUUGAGCCAUCAUAUAGGGAAUCAUCCCUUAGUCCAAGCCCUGCCAGCAGCAUUUCGUCCAGAAGUUGGUUUUCAGAUGCUUCCUCUUGUGAAUCCAUUUCCCAUGUUUAUGAUGAUGUAGACUCGGAGCUAAAUGAAGCAGCUGCUCGAUUUACCCUUGGGUCUCCUUUGGCAUCUCCUGGUGGUUCUCCAAGAGGUCCCAGUGAUGAAUCUUGGCAGCAGCCUUAUGGAUUUGGGCAUGCCUUGUCACCUAGACAGUCUCCCUGUCAUUCUCCUAGAACUAGUAUUACAGAUGAAAAUUGGCUAAGCCCUAGACCAACAUCAAGGCCCUCAUCAAGACCUACAUCCCCCUGUGGGAAACGACGACACUCCAGUGCUGAGAUUUGCUAUGCUGGUUCUCUCUCUCCUCACCAUUCUCCAACUCCAUCACCUGGCCAUUCUCCCAGAGGAAGCGUAACAGAAGACACGUGGCUAAACACUUCCAUCCAUAACGUACAAGGCCUUAAUUCUGGCCUUUCACCAUUUCAGUGUUGUACAGAGACUGAUAUUCCUCUAAAAACAAGAAAGACCUCAGAGGAUCAGACUGCCACUUUAUCUGGAAAAAUAGAUAUCUGUCCUGAAGAACAGGGUAACUUAUCGUCAUCCCUUGAAACUGCAGUAGAUGACUGCUCUGGAUCUCAGCACACCUUGAAAAAAGAUUUGCCCGGAGACCAAUUUCUUUCUGUUCCUUCGCACUUUACUUGGAACAAACCAAAGCCUGGUCAUACUCCUAUAUUUCGCACAUCUUCAUUGCCACCUCUUGACUGGCCUUUACCAAGUCAUUAUGGGCAGUGUGAACUGAAAAUAGAAGUCCAGCCUAAAACUCAUCACAGAGCUCACUAUGAAACAGAAGGAAGCAGAGGAGCUGUAAAAGCAUCUACUGGAGGACACCCUGUAGUGAAGCUCCUGGGCUACAGUGAAAAGCCGGUAAACCUACAAAUGUUCAUCGGAACAGCAGAUGAUCGCUACUUAAGACCUCAUGCGUUCUACCAGGUGCACCGAAUCACUGGAAAAACAGUUGCAACAGCUAGUCAAGAGAUAAUAAUUGCCAGCACAAAGGUUUUGGAAAUACCACUUCUUCCUGAAAAUAAUAUGUCAGCCAGUAUCGAUUGUGCUGGUAUUUUGAAACUUCGCAAUUCAGAUAUAGAGCUCCGUAAAGGAGAGACAGAUAUUGGAAGAAAGAAUACCAGAGUGCGACUUGUGUUUCGUGUUCACAUCCCACAACCUAGUGGAAAAGUCUUAUCUCUGCAGACUGCUUCCAUACCUGUUGAAUGCUCUCAGCGAUCUGCUCAAGAACUUCCUCAGAUUGAGAAGUACAGCAUCAAUAGUUGCUCAGUAAAUGGAGGCCAUGAAAUGGUGGUGACAGGAUCCAAUUUUCUUCCAGAAUCCAAAAUUAUAUUUUUUGAAAAAGGACAAGAUGGACGACCUCAGUGGGAGGUAGAAGGGAAAAUAAUUAGGGAAAAGUGUCAAGGGGCAAACAUCAUACUUGAAGUUCCUCCAUACCAUAACAAAACCAUUACAGCAGCAGUUCAGGUGCAGUUUUAUCUCUGCAAUGGCAAGAGGAAAAAAAGCCAGUCUCAACGUUUUACUUAUACACCAGUUAUAAUGAAGCAAGAGCACAGAGAUGAGGUGGAUUUGUCUGCUGUUCCGUCUUUGGCCCUGCCUCACACAAGCAAUGUCCAGGGCCUGCAUUCUAUCCGAACUCAAUUGCCUUCACCAGAACAAGGGCAUCCACAUGACAAUUUACUGUCUACAUCACCCAGGAGCCUUGUGUGUCCAGUUCAACCACCAUACACAGCAAUGGUGACCUCAGCAGUAUCCCACCUGCCACAUAUGCAAGGUAGAAACCUUAGUCCAAGUGAAGAGUGUCAUGUUUUGCCUCCUGCUGUGGUUCAGUCUUUUCAGGUAACAUCAGCACCUCCUGUGAGGCCGCCUUACCAGCCUAUGCAGUCUAACGACGUAUACAAUGGACAGUCUGGUCUUCCUAUGAACUCUGCCUCCAGCCAAGGAUUUGAUACUAUUUCAUUUCAGCAAGACACAGCUGUACCUCAUUUGAUAAAUCUUAGCUGCCAAGCUCUACCACCAAUGCAGUUUCAUUCUUCAAAUGCAGGUUCUGUGUCAACAUCAAGUACAGCAGGGCACCCGCUAGCACACCCAGCUCAUUCAGGACAGUCAUCUUCUCACCUACCGUCAAUGGGAUACCACUGCCCAAGCGCUGGGCAGGGCUCCAUCCCUUCUGCAAUGAGUCGGUCCCUUGGGCAGGCUUCUCCCCAGCUGCAGCAAGUCCCAUACCAUUCUACAAAUCCAGCAUCCACUUCAUCCCCAUCCCCAACAGCUUCCCACCCUUUGGUCCAUUCACCGCUGUCUGGACCUUCUUCACCCCAGCUACAACCUAUGCCUUAUCAAUCUCCUAGCUCAGGACCUGCCUCAUCUCCCCCGCCAACCACUGUAAGUCACUCGGGACAGCACUCCCCUCAAGCACAUAGUCCAGCACUGGGAGGUCUUAACGCAGCAUCAUCCCUAGUCCACCAUACCGUAUGCGAUUCAUCUCCAUUUUCACCAGAUGGGGCAGCUAUUAACAUUAAACCAGAACCUGAAGACAGAGAGUUGAGUUUUCAAACAAUAGGACUACAAGACAUCACACUAGAUGAUGACAGUUUUAUCUCUGACCUGGAAUACCAGCCAUCAGGUUCAACAGAGAAAUGGACUCAACAUUCAGCACUCAUGUCCAACUCCUAUGUGGAAAAUCUAGAGGUGAAUGAGAUCAUAGGAAGAGAUAUGUCACAGAUCUCAGUGUCACAUGGAACAACAAUGGCCAGCCAGUCUGCACGUACAUGUCCUGGAUCUCUGGAGACAAGAAUAUCUGAUGGAAUCCAGUAACGGAUAAGCUUACAGCUAAACAUCCAUGAAAAUAUAACAGUUUCUCUGAAUAUUUCUUCGUCCUCUUCCUCUUUAGACUUACUGUGCUUCCAACUCUGUGGCCUUUAUGAACUGGAACAGUGGAUCCUUGCAAAGCCCUUUUAGUGGGUUACAUUUUUGAUGUAGAGACAGAGCAUUUUAAUUAUAGUUCCUCAGAUGCUGUAAAGAGACUUCUUAAAACGGACACCUAGAAUCUACACCAGAUAUUUUAACCGUUUUAAAGUUACAAACAAGCUUUGCUUUUUGCAUUUAAAUAGAAUACUUUUAUAUUGUAAGUGCUUCAGAUGUGUGGAAAUGUUAGUUUGCUCUUAUAAUAUUCACAGUACUGAAUGUGGAAAAAGAUUUAAUACACAUCUUCAGUGUGCUGCUUUCCCUUAGAGAUAGUAUAGUUUGUAGCGGAUGAUUUGUAACACCUUUUGGUCAUUUUGGAAAGCCGUUAAAGCUUCUAUUGUUUAAAUUUUUUUUUUAUACAGUCUUCCAGUGGCAAAUCAUACCUGUCAUCUGAAGCCAAUGCCAUGGAAGCCAUUGUGUAUACAAAUACUGUAGUGUUUUCUUUCUUAGAUUCAUAGGAAGCAAAGCCAAAUGUAGAUCUGCACUUGUUUAUAAACUGAAAAUGUUACUUGAUAGGUUGCAAAAAGACCAUUCCAUCAUGAAAGUGUUGGGAUAGAAAUAACAUUCCAAAAUUUAACUUUUAUAACUUUGUGGAUAAUCUUCCUGUUCUUUAUUAGCACAGGCUCCUUCUUGAAAUAGCUUUUUCUUAGAAAGUUACAUUUGUAAUCAAAUUUGAGCAGCAGGAUUUUAAAAAACACCAACAUCAAAGCCAUGUUAGAUACAGGAGAAAUUUUAAUAUUUGCUGAGGAUCUAAGUGUUCCUGUUGUCCCUGCAGAAUAUGGUUUUGAAAUCACCAAUUCAGUGGCAUUCAAGUUUUCCAUGCAAUAAAUCAUUUGAUCACAUCUGUAUCUUUUAUAUGCUGUAUGCCUGACCAUGCCACUUGGAAGCCCUAAGGAGAUGACAAUUACAGUUCCUUAAAUUUAAGCUAUUUAUAAACAUUAGUUUGCUGAAAAGUCAUUUACUGUGAAUUAGUGAUUAGGUAGUAUAAUUUGCCCAUGUUUAAUUGUAAAUGUGUGAAGCAGAAGCUACCAAAGAAAUACACAAGAUUCAUAGCACCAGUAAACUGUGUGCUGUGCUCAAAGGAUGCAUUUCCCUUACCCACAUAAUCCGAUACCUUUGAAACAAUCUGUUUACAUAGUUAUUAAAAAAUCUCAGGCCUCUAUGAUUAGAAACCUAGGAGAGGAUCUGAAACUGCCUGCUUAGGCCACACACAUUUCCCUCCCCCAGAAGACACUGUCGUUUACAAAGCUUUCUGAUAUGGAACAUACAGGGUACAACAAUCACAGAAAAGAUCGAUCAGAAAUACACUGAACCUCAAAACAUUCAAGAUGCUAGUUUUAGUUCCUCAUUUGGGUGAGCGAUGAUGCUCUAAUGAAAAUUAAGAGCAAAUACACACAAAAAUUUUGAAAUGUAGAAAGUGUAUUUGCACUGAAACUAGUUCAGACAAUUGUGGACAUUUUAGUGGUUUAGCACAUACAGAACACAUGCCUCUUUCUGUAGAAAACUACUAUAGGCUCUUAAAAUUAAGUAAAACAGUCUUAAAGUGGAUACCAUUACUGAAUUAUAAUACCUGUAAGAGUAAACACAGAUUCUACUGAUGUUGCAUUUUGGCAGACAGUCAUGGGGAAAACUUUCCAAUGAGCCUUUUGCAGGCAAAACAUUACACCUAAAUUCAAGUCAGCGCCCAAGCAGUAUCACUAAAGUAGCUAUAAUCGCAUCUUUGUGAUAGCUGAAUCAUGAACUUUUAAAACGACCAUACAUUAAGCAGGUGAAAUUAUAACUCUUUAUCAUGUACUUCCUUUUAAGAGUGCAGCCUAAAGCUACUAUCUUGAUAUUUCAUAGUUAUUUCAAACAACUUAAUGCAAGACCACUACGUGUGUGCUGGGAAUCUUAAGCAUCCUUUUUGUGAAUGUGUUGUUCAAUGGUGCAAAUCUUUAAAUUUGCAGAAAAAAAAUUGGCAGGGCUGUAAUCUGAAAAGUGUGAUAUUGUAAUUGUCCCUCAGCGAUGGUGCUUUACUCUGUCCUCUACUCAUUUACAUUAAAGAUACUAGAAAAGGAUUCACAGGCUCAGAAAUACAUCUACUUAUGUUUUUAACACCUUAAAAAAAAAAAAAAAAGAAACCACACAACACUGUAAACUACGUAAUUGUCUUCAGACUAUGUGCUGGUGGCAAGGCAUGUUCCAGUUUUCAUUCAUGUAUUGGGUCUUUUGCAUUAAACCAUUGUUUGUAGGACAAUUCUAACUUAAAAGCUUUUCAUACUGUAUGGGAUUUAUGCUCCUUUAUCCUACUGGUACAGACUGUCCUUGCAAGUUCUCCAAGUAGCUGGAAUUCACACUGUACCUAAAAUAUAGGAGCCCAAAAAAUCCGGAGUUGCUAUGCACUAAAUUUCCUGAUGCCUUUAAAUACCUUGAUGCCUGUAGACCUAGAGAUGCUUUCCUAUUUAAAAAUCAAAUUAAAAAAAAAAAUAUAUAUAGCUUUGGAUACUAAAGCAGUUUUGUAUUUGCCUUGUAAAAGCUUCAAUACAAGGGUCUUAAUUUUAUUUUAGCUUGUGUGAUAACGUAGGUAAAGACUGUUAAUCUUGUAUAAUUUUAGUGAUAUAAAAAGCACACAAUCUCUAUUGGACUAUGCAAAUUUAAUUAAACAAAAGAACCCGGCAACUGUUGAUAUUUUGUUGGCAUCCACUUCCUUGCCCUUAAUUCCUUUCUUCUCCCUGAGUACUUUUCCAAAACUUUUUAAUAACCAAGAUUAUCCUGAAGGCAAGCCUUAAUGAUGAGGUAGCUUUUCUAUAAGGAGGGUCAAAGAUCAAUGUUAAAAACAAAAGAUUAAGGAGUAGUAUAUUAAUCUGGGGGGGGGGGGGGGGGGUGGUGAUUUCUGAAAUUACCAUGAACUAGCAAUUGGAAUUUCUGUAGUAAAACUUCCAUGUUAUCAGGGGAACUGCCAUCCUUUUUAAACCAAAGAAUGAAAAUAACAUGACAGUUUUGUUCUGAUACAAACAAAGCUUUGAAAUUCUAUUUUUGAUACUCAUAAUGGAUGUCAUUCCUUGAGGUUUGGAAAUCGUUCAAAUUGAAGUUUUAUAUUUAAAAAUGUGGGACAAUAAAGAUUAAGUUCUAGAUGUUUACAGAGCCUUGUAUUGUAAUUUCAUGUACAUUUUGUAUUUUAAACAUUUUUGUAAGUUAUGAUUGCAGUGCUACUUGCAGAAAUAAAGGGAAAAACUUGCAUUUAGGCUCUUAAAUCAUAGUGUUCAAAUAAAUAAAAAGAAUGCAAA